GUAUGUGAGCGUGUGUCUGCUCUGCUUGCUGGUCCUUCUUCAAAGGAUAACCUGAGCAUCUUCAGCACAGCAGAUAGGCAUCGCGGAAUUAGGAGUACAGUCGCUUACCCUCAGUAGCAUAAAAAGGAGGUGUAAAGCAGUACCUUUAUGAUUUUAUCAACGGUGAGACUUAAAAAAAGACAGUGCUUGGGACUGCUAGUGUCAGACCUCGUUUUAUAUUAAAACACUGGAGCUGUUUGCUUUAUUUCGUUUAUCUUGUAGUUUAUUACCUUGAGGAAAAAUGUGAUUUCUCAAAAUGUUCAGGAAAUUUGACGUGAAACCUCACAAGGUUUUGCCUGAGAGGGUGAACUGAAGUGACCUCAUUGAUGGCUUUGUCUAGAACUGCUAAGACCAUGUCAACUACAGAGCUAGACUUCACUGAAGUUGAAAGUUUCCUGGACAAGCACCCGGACCUUUUUGAAGAUUAUCUUAUCCGAAAGGGAAAACAAAGCAUGGUGGAAAAGUGGCUCAAAAAUCACCAGGUUGCCAAAGUACCUCUUAACACUGGCGGCUCAGAGGACAAGACUGGUGGACCCCGGGAAUGCUGGGUCACCAAGGGCGAUGGGCUACAACGACGGGCCUCACAGAAAGAGCUCCGGAAAACUUUUGCUCGUUCAAAGGCCAUUAAUGUAAAUCGAACCUAUGACGAACAUGUGAAUUCAAGAGCUCAGGAGCCCCUGUCUAGCAUGAGGCGGAGGGCACUGCUGAGAAAGGCUAGUUCAUUGCCCCCUACAACAGCCCAUAUCCUGAGUGCUCUACUUGAGUCUAGGGUAAACAUCCCACAGUACACAUCUACCGCCAUUGACUAUAAGUACUACCUCAAGGAGCACAACGAACGCCAGUUUUUCCUUGAACUAGUCAAGGAUAUUUCUAAUGACUUGGAUCUAACGAGCCUCAGUUACAAGAUUCUAAUCUUUGUAUGCGUUCUUGUUGAUGCAGAUCGCUGCUCCCUGUUUUUGGUUGAAGGCAGCGCCAACAAGAAGACGUUGGUUUCAAAGUUUUUCGAUGUGCAUGCUGGCACCACAAUGUUGCCAUCCUGCAGCAUAGAGAACUCCAACGAAGUGCAAGUGCCCUGGGGCAAGGGCAUCAUUGGAUACGUCGCAGAGCAUGGUGAGACUGUCAAUAUAUCCGAUGCAUAUCAGGAUCGUCGAUUUAGUGAUGAAAUUGAUAAACUGACUGGCUACAAGACAAAAUCAUUGCUAUGCAUGCCCAUACGAAACAGUGAUGGAGAAAUUAUAGGUGUUGCUCAGGCUAUAAAUAAAGACCCUGGAGGUGCCCCUUUCACAAAAGAUGAUGAAAAGCUGUUGCAGAUGUAUCUUCCAUUUUGUGGAAUCGCCAUAUCCAAUGCUCAGCUGUUUGCAGCUUCUAGAAAGGAGUAUGACCGAAGCAGAGCUUUACUGGAAGUAGUCAAUGAUCUGUUUGAGGAACAGACAGACUUAGAAAAAAUAGUAAGAAAAAUUAUGCAUCGAGCACAAACAUUGCUGAAGUGUGAAAGGUGUUCUGUGUUACUCCUGGAAGACAUUGAGUCACCGGUGGUAAAGUUUACCAAAUCCUUUGAGCUGCUUUCUCCAAAAUGCAGUGCAGAUGCAGAGAACAGUUUUAAAGACAGCCUUGAGAAGUCAUCAUAUUCAGACUGGCUAAUUAACAAUAGCAUUGCUGAGCUUGUAGCUUCAACAGGUCUUCCAGUGAAUAUCAGUGAUGCAUACCAGGACCCUCGAUUUGAUGCUGAAGCUGAUCAAAUUUCAGGCUUCCACAUACGAUCUGUACUCUGUGUCCCUAUAUGGAACAGCAACCAUCAAAUAAUUGGAGUGGCUCAGGUGCUAAACAGACUUGAUGGCAAACCUUUUGAUGAUGCUGAUCAGAGACUAUUUGAGGCAUUUGUUAUUUUCUGUGGCCUUGGCAUCAACAACACUAUAAUGUAUGAUCAAGUGAAAAAGUCCUGGGCAAAGCAAUCUGUGUCACUGGAUGUGCUGUCUUAUCAUGCAACUUGUUCAAAAGCUGAAGUUGACAAAUUUAAGGCAGCAAACAUCCCUCUGGUACAUGAGCUUGGUAUUGACGAAUUUCACUUUGAUGACUUCUCACUUGACGUUGAUGCCAUGAUCACAGCAGCCCUCCGAAUGUUCAUAGAGAUGGGGAUGGUUCAGAAGUUUAAGAUUGAUUAUGAGAUUUUAUGUAGAUGGCUGUUGACCGUCAGAAAAAAUUAUCGGAUGGUUCCUUACCACAACUGGCGGCAUGCAUUUAAUGUGGGUCAGAUGAUGUUUUCCAUGUUAACAACGGCAGGUUUUCAAGAGAUGCUGACUAACAUUGAGGUGCUUGCUCUGAUUGUGGGCUGUCUGUGUCAUGACCUGGAUCACAGAGGAACGAACAACGCUUUCCAAGCCAUGACAGGUUCAGCUCUUGCACAGCUGUAUGGCACCUCUGCUACUCUGGAGCACCAUCAUUUCAACCAUGCUGUCAUGAUCCUACAAAGUGAGGGACACAACAUCUUUGCAAACCUGUCCUCCAGGGAGUACAGUGACCUCAUGCAACUGCUGAAGCAGUCAAUACUGGCAACAGACCUCACUCUGUACUUUGAAAGGAGGAGUGCGUUUUUUGAACUUGCAAGGAAGGGAGAGUACAACUGGAAUGUCAAGACACAUCGAGAAAUGUUUCGAUCAAUGCUGAUGACAGCUUGUGACCUUGGAGCUGUGACAAAGCCAUGGGCUAUAUCAAGACAGGUGGCAGAAUUGGUAACCAGUGAAUUCUUUGAACAAGGAGAUAGGGAAAGAUCAGAAUUGAAACUCAUCCCUUCGGCUAUUUUUGAUCGAAACAGAAAAGAUGAACUCCCACGACUACAAUUAGACUGGAUUGAUGGGAUCUGCAUGUCACUUUAUGAGGCAUUAUCGAAGAUUAAUACCAAGCUUCAAGUCAUGGUAGAUUCUGUUGCAGCAAACCGUGCUAAAUGGGAAGAACUCCAUCAGAAACAGAUGAAAUCUCAGGGGAACACUGCUUCAGCCAAAGCUACCACCACUAACAAUCAAGUAUCACUGGAAGAUAUUAGCUAGGUCUGUAGGUAUCAACACCAUGUAGAUGUCAUUACUGAUUGAAACAAUGUUGUUGAGGUCAGCCAAUGAAAAUGUUUCACAAAGGUUAUUUCAGCAGAAUAAGAGGUGUUGCUGUUGGACACAGGGCUGCUGUUUUGCCUUGAAAAUGAUUUGGAGCCUGAACAGAAGGCCAAAUGGAAUGAUUAGAAACUUAGUGAGCUCUCACUCUUUAAGAUGGUAUAGAAAGUACAGUGGUAGCCAGUGCAACCAGUUCUCUUUCAGCUGCAACAGAACAGCUGUUCUGUUAUGAUGUGCUAAGCUCUGUGAGACUUGGUAUGCUGCCUUCUUUUCAGUAGCUACACUGGCUUUAGUGUAUAAUCAGGCAGUAGACUUCAAAGUCAUCAGAGAAUGCUCAGGCAGGUAGCAAAAUACAGAGCAACAGUCAUCUUGAAUUGUUAAUUGUAUGCAUCUACUAAUUGCUAAAUGUAUGUCAUGGGUUACUUACUGCCUGCUUUUUUAUUAUGCUCUGUCAAACUCUGUUUUGGGCUUGAAUGUUUUGAAAAUGUAUCACUUUUGUAUUUUACAGCUAUAUUUUUGAUGUAAUAAUGCCAUACUGCUUAAAACUUUACAGUCACCUUCUACAGAAAAAGCUGACACAAGAAGUACUUUUCAUUACAACUACAAUGCUUUAUGUAAAUUGUCAAAACUGGUGUUUUCCUUUGUUCUGUUUUUCUUUUUUGCUAAUAAAGAUUUUUAUAACAAAGGUUUCCUCUACUGGCAGAACAGACUAAAGGAAGAAUAUUACUAAAAAAAUGGGAGUUGACUUAUUGCUGAACUAAAAUCAAAUGGCAGUGAGAAACUUUUGCAUAUGCACAUCUGUACUUAAUCUUGGGUCUAAAUUCCCAGGAAAUAUUUAGACUUGCUAGUGUUCAGUUUCUAUAAAACAAGCUGCAGCUAUUGCUUGCUAAACAAGUUACAUUUAUUGCUGUUUAUAAUGCAAUUGUAAGCAAUUAAUUUUUUUGGUGGGGGGGGGGUUACCUUUUGUUUCAGUGUUUAUGUUCUAGCACUCAGAUGACACAUUCUUACAGCUCAUGAGAACUGGGCCGUAUAAAACAACAUUUCCUGUAAAUAAAGAAAACAAUAAUUUUGUAUUUUUUCAGUGAAAUUAUAUUUUGCCAUUAGGUACGGCUGAAGUGAAAUAUUACACAUUAUAGUUGCAUGGUUCUAACACAUCUGAAGCUGUUUUGAUUUAAUCAUAAUACAUCUUGAAAACUUAGAAUAAUAAUUACUAAAAAAGUAUAAGAGUGUGGGAAACUACUAUUCCAGAAAUAGCAUAGAUAAGACUGUGCAUGAUGGAUUUGCUGAACUAUUGACUUUGUUUGCUUAAAAUGUCUAGAUUAGUUCUUAAGAGAAGAAAACACAGCUACCUCACCAUUUAAUGAGGCUAUAUUUAAGCUGAACAUUUACAGAAUUAACAUUUAACCUUUCCUUUACAAACAUUUAAAUAUAAAUGUUUUCCAUGGUAAAAUAUUCCACUAAAAAGCAAAUCUUAUACUGUGGAAGCAUGUUCACAUAUUACUUCUUACUGAAACAAUGGUCCAGAUAGUGCAAAAAGGACAAUUUAUGGUAGCUAUAGUUCUGUAGAAAAUGUUUCCAUCCAUGUUACAACAAUGUUCUUUUGUUCUAUUCAGUGAAUGAAACACUAGGCUAAAUAUAAAGGAAUGGCUGUCCAAUUAAAGAUUUUCAGUUGUGCAGUUUUGCCAUUUAAUUUAUUGCAGCUAAUUGAAAAUAUCCCAGGACUGAACUUUUUUUUGCCAUACUAUAUAAAGAAGGAAGGACUGACAGAAAAACAUGAAUUUAAGAAUUAUAAACCCAGAACCAGAAUCAUAAUGGCACCAAAAAAACAUUAUUAACAUUAAUUUCAAUGGAUAAAACAAAUUAACAACAAAACAACAGUAAUGCAUUAGGCAGGGAGUAAUAUAUGAAUAACAUGGUCUCUACCCAUGGAACUUGACCUAAGUAACAUAAGCACAUGCCCAUGUGCAACUUACAUAGGGCUAACCUUUCUUUCUCUGUUUUCUUCCCGAGUUAGCUUAUUAAACUCACUAGGAAAAAGCUUAUUUUUGUUUGGCGGGGGGGGGGGGGCACUGUCUGGUCACAUAGUUGGCAAAUGAAGAUUGAUGAAAUCAAAACGUGGCAUAGAGGAAGAAGCAGGAGAAAAGACGAAGAGAAGUAAGCUGCAGCACAAGUAACUACUACAGUUGUGUUAGUUUCCAUGCAGUGUUUACUGGGUCAAAUUUUAACUAGCAUUCAUUGCCUGGUACCUGUAUUAACCUCCCAUCAAAAUCCACAGUAUCUAUUCAGAAUUCUCACUCUCUGUUUUUCCACCAGUCUUUUAACUCAGCUAAUCAUCACCAUCACUAUUGUCAUUCUCAUCAUCAUCAUCUUUCUCGACUUUUAUAGAAUUUUAUACACUUAACAUUGCCACAUCAUUCUGUUGAGGCCUAAGUCAGUUUAUUAUUCACAACAUGCCAAGCUGAUUCCUCUUUUAUAACCUUUUCUGAGUACUUAUUUUCAAGAUAAUUAAAAAUGAUAAAAUAUUUGAAAUGUGAUACAAAUUAUGAAGUAUCUGACACAAACAUAAAAAACAGAAAGGACAGAAAUGCAAAUAAGACAUAUGAGAAGGAGGAGACAGGAGAGAUGCUGAAUAAUUAUUUGAGGGAGAAUUAAAUGGCGGAAGUCACAACAAUACCAAAUUAAUAUUUAUUCUCUAUUGUUUUAAACAAAAAACAUCUUUAUUAAAUUAUCACAUAUGACAUAGACAAUCAUACAUUUAUAUA